UCCGGAGCACACGGGACCUGGAGAGACCCUCAGCUCCCCUCCACCUUCACCGAGGUCUAGCCCACCAGAUCUGGGACCUGAGCAGCCCAGAAGCCAAGGUGCCAUCGCCGUGUCUCUCCUGCCUGAAGACCCGGAUAUUUUCUCAGACUCGGGAUCAGCAUGGAGACACAUCCCUCCUUAGUGGUGAAACGGACUUACCCAGACUUGAUCAUCUACGCAGGAGAAGUGACUAUCGGAGAAGAAGGUAGAAAUAAAAUGGACUCAAGGAAGAGAAAGCUGGAAAAGACAAGAAUUACAGAGGUUGCUUGUGCUCUGUUAAACUCUGGAGGAGGAGUGAUUGCUAUGCUAAUGGCUAACAAGAGUGAUCAUCCUGUGGAGAUGGGACAGGACUUGGAAACAUCUUUGAGAAACCUUAUUCCAUCCUUUGAUUUGCAGGCUUUCUUUGAGACCAAGCAACAAGAGGACCAGUUUUACAUUUUUGUUAAAUCUUGGAGCUGCAGCCCUGAAGAUGGUUCUGCUAAGCCUCGAAUUUGCAGCCUGGGCUCUUCCCUGUACUGUAGAUUUCUCACUUCUACGGUUGCUAUGGAUUCAAGAGAAGCAUUUGAAUUUCUGAAANAAAAGAAGGCAUGUAUCAAAUGCAGUCUAACUGAUGACAGAGCUCCACCUGCUAAAAUUCCCAGAGCCACUCAACAGAACAGCCUUGAAUCAAAUCCAGCUUUUGAAAUUUUCCAAAGUAAGAAACUUGAAUAUGGCCAACGCUUACUUUUUUCUGAAUCCCCAUCUAUAGAGUUUAAACAAUUAGAUACCAAACUUGUCCAAAAAUAUAUGAAAGACAUAAUUCCAAAGUACAUCUCCGCAUUUGCAAACACCCAGGGAGGCUAUCUUUUCAUUGGAGUGGAUGAUAAGAAUAUCAUCCUGGGAUGCCCAAAAGACAAUGUUGACCGUGACUCUCUGAAGACUGUGGCAAAUAAAGCAAUNUCCAAGUUGCCAGUUUUCCAUUUUUGUUCAUCUAAAGACAAGGACAAGGUGUCUUAUGAGACCAGAGUCAUAGAUGUGUAUCGAGAAGGAAAUUUGUAUGGUUAUCUCUGUGUGAUCAAAGUAGAGCCGUUCUGCUGUGCGGUAUUCUAAGAGGCUCCCAUUUCAUGGAUGGUAGACAAGGAGAAAGGUGUCUACAGCCUGAACACUGAGGAAUGGGUACGCAUGAUGGUGGAUGUUGGCCCAGGAUCCCAGGGUACCAACCAGCUUAGUACCAACCAGUGGUUCUCAAUCAAGGUGCCAGCCAGAGAAUUGACGAAGUGGUCCUCCUCUCCACCACUUACCGAUGACGCCAGAGGGGCCCCUGCUUCCCCAGAUCCUCCAAUUGGAUUUGAAGCUUCUGAUGAUUGUGCCUUUGUCACAUGG